GACGUCAGGCCGUUAGAGACAAGCGCGGAGCCGAGGCCGCACAGCAGCAGCCGUCACACAUACACACACUCACCGAGGGCGACUGCGCCUUUAAGACCCGCAAAACUAACAGCCAAACCAGCCUCGGUGUCAAUGUGCGAGCGAUGAAAUUACUCGAUAUGGUUUUGUUAAAACUCUUGAUGCUGUUAUACUGCUUAAGCGACACCAAAGGUCAGUAUGGGAAAUCCCUGAGCAAGUAUAUUCGACAUUAUGAAGGCCUGUCCUACGACACAGACGUCUUACACAGCAAGCACCAGAGGGCUAAGAGAGCUCUGUCUCACCAGGACCAGUUCCUGCACCUGGACUUCCACGCUCACGGCAGGCAUUUUAACCUUCGGAUGAAGAGGGACACCUCUCUCUUCGCUCCCGAUCUGAAGGUGGAAGUUUCUGGAGAAGAGAUUCCCUAUGACACCUCUCACAUUUACACUGGAGAAAUUUACGGUGAGAAGGGCUCUCUGACCCAUGGCUCUAUCGUGGAUGGGAAAUUUGAGGGUUUCAUUAAGAGCCAUAAGGGCACAUACUACGUAGAACCCUCAGAGAGAUACCUCAAAGACCAGAAUGUGCCCUACCACUCAGUCAUCUACCAUGAGGAUGAUAUCGAUUAUCCUCAUAAAUAUGGAGCAGAAGGUGGCUGUGCAGAUCACUCUGUUUUUGAGAGGAUGAAGAAAUACCAGGCAUCUGCAGUGGAGGAGCCCACCCAGCAUAUGAACCACGUGAUUGACGAAGAGAUGGCUGAUGGACCGGUGAUCCUGAGGAAACGUCGUGCAGCACAGGCAGAGAAAAAUACCUGUCAGCUCUUCAUCCAGACGGAUCACCUCUUUCACAAAUACUACGGCAGCAGGGAGGCUGUGAUCGCACAGAUUUCCAGUCAUGUGAAGGCCAUUGACUCCAUCUAUCAAAGCACAGAUUUUAAGGGCAUCCGCAACAUUAGCUUCAUGGUGAAGAGAAUCAAGAUCAACACUACUGAAGAUGAGAAGGAUACUUCUAACCCUUUUCGAUUUGCCAACAUUGGUGUGGAGAAAUUUCUUGAACUCAACUCGGAGCAGAAUCACGAUGACUACUGUCUAGCCUAUGUCUUCACAGAUAGAGACUUUGAUGAUGGAGUCCUGGGUCUGGCCUGGGUCGGGGCUCCUACAGGCAGCUCUGGUGGAAUCUGUGAAAAGAAUAAACAGUACUCCGAUGGGAAGAGGAAGUCUCUGAACACUGGCAUCAUCACAGUGCAAAACUAUGCAUCACAUGUUCCCUCCAAAGUCUCCCACAUCACCUUCGCUCAUGAGGUUGGACAUAACUUCGGCUCUCCGCAUGACUCAGGAAAUGAUUGCACUCCAGGAGAGUCUAAGACUCAGGACCAGAAAGAAAAAGGCAACUACAUCAUGUAUGCCAGAGCCACAUCAGGAGACAAGUUCAACAACAACAAGUUCUCCAUCUGCAGCAUUCGCAACAUCAGCCAAGUGCUGGAUAAGAAAAGAUACCUCUGCUUUGUUGAAUCUGGACAGCCCAUCUGUGGUAAUGGUAUGGUUGAGGCUAAUGAACAGUGUGACUGUGGCUAUAGCGAUCAGUGCAAGGACAAAUGCUGCUAUGAUGCCAGUGCGCCAGAGGGACUGAAGUGUAAACUGAAGCCAGACACUCUAUGCAGUCCUAGUCAGGGUCCAUGCUGCACACCAGAGUGCACCUUUAAGUUCAGCGAUGUGAAAUGCAGGGAGGAGUCUGAGUGUGCUCUUAAGGGCAUGUGCAGUGGAAACUCUGCCCAGUGCCCCACCUCAACGCCUAAAGAAAACUUUACAUCCUGCCACACAAAUAGCCAAGUCUGCCUUAAUGGGGUUUGCUCUGGCUCUAUCUGUCAGAAGUAUGGUCUAGAUGUUUGCACUUGUGCCACUGAGGAGGGGAAAGACGACACAGAGCUGUGUCAUGUGUGCUGUAUGGCAAAGGGUCAGCCCAACACUUGCAGCAGCACUAGCUCAGAGAGAUGGGUUCAGUACUUUAACAAAAAGGUCACCACGUUACAGCCUGGCUCUCCUUGUAAUGACUUCAAAGGUUACUGCGAUGUCUUUAUGAAGUGUAGGCUGGUGGAUGCUGAUGGCCCUCUGGCAAGGCUUAAGAAGGCCAUUUUCAACCCUGAGCUUUACACAAGCAUUGCAGAGUGGAUAGUGGAGCAUUGGUGGGCGGUUCUUCUAAUGGGCAUUGCUCUCAUCAUGCUAAUGGCUGGGUUUAUCAAGAUCUGCAGUGUGCACACACCUAGCAGCAACCCUAAAUUGCCCCCACCCAGACCACUGCCAGGCACACUGAAGAGAAGAAGAAAUCCCGCUGCACAGACCCAGCCACAGCACCAUCGCCAGCAGAGAGAGAACUAUCAGAUGGGCCAGAUGCAACACUGAGAAGUUCUCCUCAUUGCCUUGGUUCUUCCUAGUGCCUACAGUGGGAAACACUUCACUCCAAAGAGUUAGCUGAAUCAAUCAAUGAAGCCCCAUUAACAAACUAAGAAACUGGCAAAUAAAAGGACUUCAAAGGACUAUACUUAAGAAAACAACAGUUUUAAAGAUUAAGAAACCACUGCUCUGGGAGUCAGCAAAGCUUUCGUUGCGUAGCUCAGAGAAAAAAUUCAGAAGCUAGUCACGAGGAAGAGGACAGAAUCAAUUAAUCAAUUUUUUUUCUGCUUUUCAUAUUUUUUCUCAAGUUAUUAAACCAUUAUUUUUCCCUCUUAUGCCUUUUUAUCUUUUUUUUUUAUAUUAUCUUCUUUUUUGGGAUUGCCACCCUCCUGUGGAGAUAAGCAUGAUGGGAUGUCACAUAAAUAUUUCUGCCAAUCAACAAUGGCUGAGAGAACUCUUUAAAGAGACUCGUUUUCCAAUAUGUAAUUAAGAUGUUUUUUUUUUUUUAAACGCAAGCAAAAGGAUUAAAAAGCCUUUAUUUCUGAAGCUUUCUCAUUGUCUCCUGCGUGCAAUUGUACAGAGAUCACAAAAUACAUUGGAUCUUUUUCAGUCGUCAUUUUUUUUAUUCUGUUGGAUAAUGACAAUUAAGGAUAUUUAACUGACACUCAGGAUAUAAUAGGAAAUAAUCCUAUUAAUAGGGUUAAUAGAAUUUCUAUUGGUGAAAGGCCUUUGCUGAAAUUUGUGCAGAGCACCCCACCCCCCGCUGAUAAAUAACCACUAAAUAGCUGCAGUUCUUCAUUCCAUGUGGCCAAGGGAGUUAAUGAGAGAGGUGAUGGUUAAAAAAGAUAUGUCACUCUUAUAAGAAUCCUGAUCUGCUGAGAGUCACUGUUACUUUAUGUUCAGUCAGUAACACUGGUCCCACAGGAGACAGACUUGAGAAAAUAAGCACAUCAGGAAAGAUUUGGUUUUUCAAUACAUAAAAGGUCUUUAUUUUGCAAUAGGAUGUCGGAAACAGGAAAGUGUGGACAGUUACACAAAUGAGUAAAUCUCGGUAGUGUGCAUUCGUGAAAGGAUGGGAUAGAGAGAGAGAUGAUAGAAGCAAUCUGUAGAUCCUUUAGAGUGUUUUUACACACCAAUCAAUAUUUAUACAAAGGAACUUUUCUUAACAGUUUUCAGUUAUUACCUCUUUUAAUAGCUAAAAAAAGAAAAGAUCCAAACUAGCAGCCUAUAUAAUCAAAGCAUAUGCCUUGUGUUGCUAUUUAGUGUAUCUGAACCAGCCCAUGGUAAUUUCACCAUAUCACUGCAGUCCAACAUCUUUUUUUGAAAGAAAUCCUUCCAUUUUCUCUAAAUGUGCUUUUGAUUGUCUUAUGUGUGUGUCUCAACAAAGGCAAGAGGGUUGCAAAUAAUUCAUGCAUCACAAAUGUCCUUUUUUAAAUUUCUCUUUUUUUGCUUUUUUUGUAUUUCACCAGACCAGGAAUAUUUUGUCAUCUAUAUAAUUUUGUUGAAUGGGAUCCUGGUAGUGCGACUGAGAGUCCGAUGUUUCUAAAGUCUGUCUUCCCAAGCAACCUUGCAUCCUUUAAGGAUGUGCAUUUAAAACAUGGAUGAUUUGCUUAUUCCUAGAAGAGGAGUAUUCCCGACUAUAAGUCCUCCUUUUGAUCUAAAUCAUCACCUCAUUUGUGUGUCUCUGUAAAUGUUAAUGGGAAAAGGGUUUUUAGUGAGCUUAACUUUACUGCUCUGACUGCAAUUGGCUUCAAAUUAAUUAAUAAUUUCUGUUAUUCUGUGGUAAAUGGGUUUGGUUGAAUUUGUAAGGGGAUUUGGCCUAGGAUUUAAUUUUAAUUUUUUUUCAAUUUUUUUUGCUUGUCUUGCUUUAAGUUUAUAAAUAAUGUGCACUGAUAUGUAAGCAUGGUGUGUGGAUAGAAUAUGAAGAACAAGAUGGAGAAAAUG